AGUCAAUCCAGCAGCAUGGAUCAGUGGGAGGAGCCACAGGAGGGAGCCCCUCCCUCUAAAAGCAGAGAUGGUAACCAUGACAACCAGAGCAAAGCUCAGAGGAACCAACCUGGACCUGGAUCCAGCUGUGUUCUCUUCAAGAGUGACUAUUUAAAGGAUUCAAAUCCAGACUUCAAAGACAUCCCUUCAGCAGUGGAACAAGGUCAACAGGUCACACAGAGAGUCCAGUCUGCAGCCUCCAGCUGUGGAUCCAUGAAGAGUGACCGGUCCAAAGGUGGAACUCCAACCUUCAGAACUGAACCAGGACCUUCAGACUCACAACUGGACCAGCAGAGCUCAGAGACUCCCAGUGGUCCGUCUGUCCAGCAGCAUCAAACACAGCUGGACUCCAUCUUUCUGCUGCUGGAGGACAACAUUGUCACUUUUGUGAAGAAGGAGCUGAAGAAGAUCCAGAAGCUUCUGAGUCACAGGGAGGAUGAGGAGGAGCUAGAGGAUGAAGAUGAAGAGCAGAGGAGCAGCAGAGAGUUACUGAUGAAGAUCACAGUGAACUUCCUGAGGAGAAUAAAGCAGGAGGAGCUGGCUGAUGGACUGCAGAGCAGAUCUGCUGCUGCAGUUUGUCAACAUAAAGUCCAAUCUGGUCUGAAGAAGAAGUUCCAGUGUUUGUUUGAGGGGAUGGAUAAAGCAGGAAGCCCAACCCUUCUGAAUGAGAUCUACACAGAGCUCUUCAUCACAGAGGGAGGAAGAGGAGAGCUGAAUGAAGAACAUGAGGUCAGACAGAUUGAAGCAGCAUCCAGGAAAGCAGACAGAGCAGAAAAAAGCAUCAGACAAGAAGAGCUCUUCCAACUCCCAGCUGGAAGACCAGAACCAAUCAGAACCGUGAUGACUAAGGGAGUGGCUGGCAUCGGGAAAACAGUCUUAACACAGAAGUUCACUCUGGACUGGGCUGAAGGCAAAGCCCACCAGAACCUCCACUUCACAUUUCCAUUCACUUUCAGAGAGCUGAAUGUGCUGAAAGAGGAGAAGUUCAGCUUGGUGGAACUUGUUCAUCACUUCUUCCCUGAAACCAAACAAGCAGGAAUCUGCAGCUUUGAAGACUUCCAGGUCCUCUUCAUCUUUGAUGGUCUGGAUGAGUGUCGACUUCCUCUGGACUUCCACAAGACUUGGAUCCUAAAUGACCCUAGAAAGUCCACCUCAGUGGCUAAUCUGCUGACAAACCUCAUCAGGGGGAACCUGCUUCCCUCUGCUCUGCUCUGGAUAACCACACGACCUGCAGCAGCCAAUCAGAUCCCUGCUGAGUGUGUUGACAUGGUGACAGAGGUCAGAGGGUUCAAUGACCCACAGAAGGAGGAGUACUUCAGGAAGAGGUUCAGAGAUGAAGAGCAGGCCAGUAGGAUCAUCUCCCACAUCCAGAGAUCCCGAAGCCUCCACAUCAUGUGCCACAUCCCAGUCUUCUGCUGGAUCACUGCUACAGUUCUGGAGGAUCUGCUGAAGAGCAGAGAGGGAGGAGAGCUGCCCAAGAGCCUGACUGAGAUGUACAUCCACUUCCUGGUGGUUCAGGCCAAAGUCAAGAAGGUCAAGUAUGAUGGAGGAGCUGAGACAGAUCCUCAUUGGAGUCCAGAGAACAGGAAGAUGAUGGAGUCUCUGGGAAAACUGGCUUUUGAGCAGCUGCAGAAAGGAAACCUGAUCUUCUAUGAAUCUGACCUGACAGAGUGUGGCAUCGAUAUCAGAGCAGCUUCAGUGUACUCAGGAGUGUUCACACAGAUCUUUAGAGAGGAGAGAGGCCUGUACCAGGACAAGGUCUUCUGCUUCAUCCAUCUGAGUGUUCAGGAGUUUCUGGCUGCUCUUCAUGUCCACCUGACCUUCAUCACCUCUGGACUCAACCUCAUGGAGGAACAGAAAAAAACAUUCUUAAAGAUUCUCAAACUGAAGCAAACCAGUCCAGUCCAGUUCUACCAGAGUGCUGUGGAGAAGGCCUUACAGAGUCCAAACGGACACCUGGACUUGUUCCUCCGCUUCCUCCUGGGUCUUUCACUGCAGACCAAUCAGAGUCUCCUACGAGGUCUGCUGACUCAGACAGGAAGUAGCUCACAGACCAAUCAGAAAACAGUCCAGUUCAUCAAGAGGAAGAUCAGUGAGGAUCUGUCUACAGAGAAAAGCAUCAACCUGUUCCACUGUCUGAAUGAACUGAAUGAUGGUUCUCUAGUGGAGGAGAUCCAACAGUUCCUGAGGUCAGGACGUCUCUCCACAGAUAAACUGUCUCCUGCUCAGUGGUCUGCUCUGGUCUUCUUCUUACUGUCAUCAGAAGAAGAUCUGGAAGAGUUUGACCUGCAGAAAUUCUCUGGUUCAGAGGAGGCUCUUCUGCGGCUGCUGCCAGUGAUCAAAGCCUCCAACAAAGCUCUAUUGAGAUGGUGUAAUCUGUCAGUGAGAAGCUGUGCAGCUCUGUCCUCAGUUCUCAGCUCUCAGUCCUCCAGACUCAGAUUUCUGGACCUGAGUUCCAACAACCUGCAGGAUUCAGGAGUGAAGCUGCUGUCUGCUGGACUGGAGAGUCCAGACUGUAAACUGGAGACUCUCAGGUUGAGGAACUGCAGAUUGUCAAAGACCAGCUGUGCUGCUCUGGUCUCAGCUCUGAAGUCCAACCCGUCCCACCUGAUAUACAUGGACCUGAGAGGGAACGACCUUCAGUCUUCAGAUGUUCAGCAGCUCCAGGAUCUGGUGGAGAGUCCAAACUUCAAACUGCAGACUCUGAGGUGGGAGGACUGGAUAGUCUGAUGUUCCAUCUGGAGGAGCAGAGAGGAGCAGCAGCAGCAGCUGGUCUGCAGAGAUGUUGUGACUGGACGGUGUUCCUGGGAGGUGGAGAGCAGAGUGAUGGAGGAAUCAGAGGAAGUGGAGAUGAGUGUCAGAGUUGCAGCAGGAACUGAUCUGAGAUCAGCUCCACUGUCUCUCUCAGCAUCAAGUGGACAGUUAUUGUGCUGCAGCUCCCCCGGUGGACUGAUGGAGAACUGCACUUCCUCUUCUCAUUCUAACUUGGAGUGUUGGGAAAUCUCAAGCUUCUCUUCACUCUUUUGUUGCCAUAGUAACUGAUGUCAUUCUUCCCGUCAGCUGAUGUCUGUGUUUCUCUGUUCAUGAAGCUGUUUGUGUAUAAUAUUGUGACAUUGUCCUCCAGUUCAAGCAGCAUUCAGCCUCUAUGCUCAAAAUUUUCAAUGUUAUUUCCAUCGUUUCCACUUUGAUACACUUUGAAAUGAGGAUGCCGACAAAUGCCGAGUCAGCAAUUGACUUUUCUUGGAAAAUUACUAUUGUCUGUAGAGAACAGAGGAAAUUCUGUAGACGUCCACAUGUGGAUCCCAGGACUUACUCUGCUGUGGAAACUUUUUUUAUAAACUCAACUUUAAGAUUCA